AUGUAUUUACAGCGUCCGUUGAUACUCGUCACAUCGAUAGCAGUUCUCCUAGUCACGCUCUUCUUCACGCAGAGCUACACCCACGUCUUUUCUCGCCUCCCACUCCCAAUCUUCACAUCACCCCCAACAAACAUGGGCGGCGGUCCUGGUGAAGGCUUCCGUACGGUGGCAUACUUUGUCAAUUGGGCUAUCUAUGCUCGCAAGCAUCGCCCGCAAGACCUCCCCGUCGAGAACCUCACCCACAUUCUUUAUGCCUUUGCCAACGUCCGCUCCGACUCAGGCGAGGUCCACUUGACCGACGGCUGGGCUGAUACCGACAUCCACUGGGAGGGCGACAGCUGGAACGACCCCGGCACGAACCUGUACGGAUGCUUGAAGCAACUCAACCUCCUCAAGCGCCGCAACCGCAACUUGAAGGUACUGCUGUCUGUUGGAGGAUGGACAUACUCAUCCAACUUCAAGAACCCCGCCAGCACUCCCGAGGGACGCGAUACGUUCGCCCGGAGCUGCGUUGACCUCAUUAAGAACAUGGGCUUCGACGGUAUCGACAUUGAUUGGGAAUACCCACAAUCCGAAGCCGAAGCAGCCGACUACGUGGCUCUCUUGCAGGCUGUGCGCGACGCAAUGGAUGCAUACGCCUCGACGCUGCCCGAGUGGUACCACUUCGAGCUCACCGUCGCGUGCCCCGCUGGCGCGCAGAACUACCAGAAGCUUAACCUCCCCGCCAUGGACGCCCUGCUUGACUUCUGGAACCUUAUGGCGUACGACUACGCCGGCUCUUGGGACAGCUUGGCCGGCCAUCAGGCGAACCUGCAGCCGUGCCACCAAAACCCACGAGCGACCCCCUUCAGCACCGCGGCCGCCCUCGCACACUACACCUCCCACGGCGUGUCGCCGGACAAGAUUGUGCUGGGCAUGCCGCUUUACGGCCGCGCCUUCGAGAACACCGACGGACCCGGCACGCCGUACUCCGGAGUCGGCGAGGGAAGCUGGGAGAACGGCGUCUUCGACUACAAGGUGCUGCCGCUGCCCGGUUCCCAGGAAUACGUGGACGAGGCGACGGGCGCGAGCUACUCCUACGACCCCAACACGAGGAAGAUGGUCACCUACGACAAUGUGCAUAUGGCGCGGACAAAGGCCCAAUACAUCAGGCAGUGGGGUCUCGGCGGUGGCAUGUGGUGGGAGAGCAGCGGCGAUAAGCCCGGGCACGAGUCCCUUAUCGGGAACGUCGUGGAUGCGCUCGGCGGACCGCAGGAGCUAAUGCACCGGGAGAACUGCGUGACGCACCCGGAGACCAAGUAUGAUAACUUGAGAAACGGAUUCCCUGAUGAUGCAUAG